GAGGGUGACGGUCAGAAUAGGCUGUUUGGACGUGGCGUGUUUAUUUGUUAAACACUUUGUCGUACUCUGUGCCAGGCGCUGUUCUCCGUGCUUGUCCAAAGGUCACCCGUUUACUCUUCAAACGUCCCCACAGAUAGGACCUGUGGGCGUCACUUUCGCGACAGGCGGGCAAGUGGAGUCCGGGAUCGCUCGGCCAGGCAGCUGGAGAGCCAGGCGUGACGCCGGGCAGGCGGCCUGCAGCCUGUGCCCAGCACUGCCUAGACUGGGCCUUGGGGCGGCGGGCCCUGGAGCGGGAGACAGCUGCAGCGGGUUCUUCUCAGGAGGGGUCUGUGCCGCAGGCCCAGGCAGGAGGAGGAAGAGCCAAGGGAGGCCAGGAGAGAGAAGGGUGGUUGAGGGCUUUCUCAGCUUGCCGGAAGGGGAGGAACUUGAUCUGGUGCAAAGAAGUGGUUGGAGUGGAGAAAAGAGAUCGAGCUGCUCUCAGACAUAGCCUACUUUGGCCUCACCACACUUGCAGGCUACCAGACCCUUGGGGAGGAGUAUGUGGGCAUCAUCCAGGUGGACCCAUCCCAGCGGCAUGUGCCCUCCAGGCUCCGCCGUUGUAUGCUGGUCACAUUUCAUGCAGUCCUGCCCUACCUGCUGGACAAGGCCCUGCUGCCCCUGGAGCAGGAGAUGCAGGCUGAAGGUGACAGCAUGCGGCCCUCACAGGGUAGCCUGGUGCCCAGUGGGCGUGGCCGGUCAGGGACACGACGAUGGGUUCGUCGCCACAUGGCUACCCUGACUGAGCAACAGAGGAGGACACUUCAGCGGGCCACCUUCAUCCUUAGACAGGGCCUCGCCUGCCUCCAUCGCCUCCACAUAGCCUGGUUUUACAUCCACGGCAUCUUCUACCACCUGGCCAAGAGGCUCACAGGGAUCACUUAUCUGCGGAUCCACCACCUGUCAGGAGAGGACCCACGGGCUCGCGCAAGCUACCGGCUGCUGGGGCUCGUCUCCCUGCUGCACCUGGCACUCUCCGUGGGGCUGCAGCUGUACGGCUUCAGGCAGAGGCGGAGAGCCAGGAAGGAGUGGAGGCUGCACCGCAAUCUGUCCCACCGCAGGAGCUCCCUGGAAGACAGAGCCGUUUCCCGCGCACCACUGUGCACCCUGUGCCUGGAGGAGCGCAGGCAUGCGACAGCCACUCCCUGUGGCCACCUUUUCUGCUGGGAGUGCAUCACUGAGUGGUGCAGCACCAAGGUUUUCAAACUUAACUGGUGCCAGAGACAACUUGCAACUUUUAAGAAACUAAUUCCACAGAAAUGUUGGUCCAUGGAGAACAAAGGAUUGACCUGGAAGAAUCUCAUAAAAUGUAUGGAGCUGCCCCUGGCAGGACCUCUGGGUUGUGUGGAAUGUGGGGCUGAGGCCAGCCAGCAACACUGGCUUUGCUGUGCAGCUGUUCCUAGUGAGCAGGGCCAGCGAACAGCAACAGGCAACUGCCUGCCCUAGGCUGGGAGGAGCUCUGGGGAUGGCUCCAGGGCUGUUGGGCAGCAGAAGCCUCCACAGCCCCUGCAGGGAGCCUGGAGCACAGCUCUGCGCAACCAUGCUCAGCCCUGGACAGAUGCACACUGAGUUCCCAUCACAGGCAGAGUUUGACAAUCCCAGGUGCUGCCUGUACUGCAAGCUACUAGGGAGGCUGAGGCAAGAGGAAAGUCUGACGCCAGCCUUGGCAACUUAGACUGUGCGGCAGAGAGAAAAAUUUACAGGGAUCUUGGAGGGUGUGGCUCAGGUACAUCACUUGCUUAACAAGGCUCAAGGCCCUGGAUUCAAUCCCCAGAACCACACACACAUACAAAAAGUGAACUUUCAGGUACACAGAAGGACUUAUAUAUGACCUCUCAGAGGAGCUCAACUUGAGAUCAGAAGUCAACAAAAGACGUCCAGACCAUUGGCUCAGUGUCUGAAACCCUGUGUGUGCAUGGGAAGCCCUGCUGCCAAGGCACCAGAGGGCCAGAGCACUUGUGCCCCCUGCAGGGGUGUCUCCUGGCUAUUGUCAAAGACUGUUCCCCACCCGGGACAGCUGAGAGCAAGCUGGGCCUUGGUGCAAGGACUAGUGCUUUAGGUAUAGACUAUGCAAGCAAAGGACACUAUCUUUAAUAAAACUGGAAUUAAAAAGUCA